UUUAAAAAAUAUAUCACGUGACGUCACACGUGACGUCACGUGAAAAGGGUCUAUAAAGUUUAGACCCACUCAUACAUACCUAUUGGUUUUGUCUAUAAAAACCUUGCUGCCAUGACACCAUCAAUGCCAUGUUCAUCCGCCGCUGUCUCUGCUUCCUCCUUUAAGCCCUCCCACUUGAACCGGAACCGUUUUCUCGGUGUCUGCAGCAGCAGCAGCUCUGUCCGCUCCGCCGGGCUGUCAUCCUACUCCGCGCGCGCCCUCACGAGAUGCUUUCCGCCGCGUGGGGAUGCGGGGCCCGUGCUUAGUGCCUUCAUCAUCCACCCACCCUCCGUGACAGCCUCCCUCCCCCCUCCCACGGAUGCGCUCUCCGGUGAUCCACGCUGACCGGCCCGGCGUCGCUGGUCUCCGCUUCGGCGCGGAGAGGAUAGUAGUUCGCGCGCCCGCCGCCUGUCUCCGGGGCUUCUGAGGCCGACAAGGAUGGGGAGCACCACCUCUUGCUGCGUGUCCGCCAGUCCCAAGUUCCGCAGAAAUGCGCACUCCAGGCUGGAGUCGGACCAGCAGGAGUCGGAUCUGAGCAGGGAGGAGACGGGCUGCAACCUGCAGCACAUCAGCGACAGGGAGAACAUCGACGAGCUCAACAUAGAGUACAAUCCGUCAGACCAUCCCAAGGCAAGCACUAUCUUCCUCAGCAAAUCUCAGAAUGAGGAGGGGCCACACAGAAACGUGCAAGACAAACGAAAAACCCUCUUCAUCAAUAAUCACGGUGCAGUGAGGCGGAAAUACAGCUCCUGCUCAACCAUCUUCCUGGACGAGAACACCGUCAGCCGGCCCAGCCUCAAAUACACCAUCAGAUGUGUAGCUCUGGCAAUCUACUACCACAUAAAAAACAGGGACACAAACGUUGGAAUGCUGUUAGAGAUCUUUGACGAGAAGCUUCAUCCACUCUCUAAGUCAGAGGUUCCUCUGGACUACAACCAGCACGACCCGGACCAGAAGCAGAUCUAUCGGUUUGUCAGAACGCUGUUCAGCGCGGCGCAGCUCACGGCUGAAUGCGCCAUCGUCACACUGGUUUAUUUGGAGAGACUCCUGACUUAUGCAGAGAUCGACAUUUGUCCCGGAAACUGGAAGAGGAUCGUUCUGGGAGCCAUCCUUCUGGCCUCAAAGGUCUGGGAUGACCAGGCUGUGUGGAAUGUCGACUACUGCCAGAUCCUCAAGGACAUCACCGUGGAAGACAUGAAUGAACUGGAGCGUCAGUUUCUGGAGCUGCUGCAGUUCAACAUCAACGUGCCGUCCAGCGUUUAUGCCAAGUACUACUUUGACCUGCGGUCGCUGUCAGAGUCCAACAACCUGAGCUUUCCUCUGGAGCCACUGAGUAGAGAGAAGGCCCAAAAACUGGAGGCCAUUUCCAGGCUGUGCGAUGACAAGUACAAAGACAUACGGAGAGCCGCCAGGAAGCGCUCGGCCAGCAUGGACAACCUCUGCAGGAGGAGAUGGGUACCGGCAAUUCUCUCCUAACAUCCUGAACAGCAAAACUGUCCCAAACGGGCUUGUUCUACGUUUUUCUUUUUUUCUUUCUGGAACUCAGAAAAACAAAAAACAAAAACGACUGUUGGAUCUCAAACUUUUAACCGGAGUUGUGGAAGAUCAGGGAAAACCCGGAGAGAUUUCUACCUUAGUCUACGUGACGCCUUCACAGUGCCUCAACUAAUCUGUUCACACUCUGGAUUUUAUCACCCAGGUGGAAUCAAAAAUCUGACUAUAGAGGGACUCCAGCACAAGACGAAGCCUUGAGCCCCUUUUGUGAAUUCCUCAUGUAAAGAACUCAUUCCUGGCUCGCCCUUAACCAUUGCUAGGACUCACUAUGUUGUUCAAGCGUUAGCAUAGCACUGGAGCUUUUGCUGGUUAUUUAUUCCCUUUUGACAGGACUCGGCAUCAUUAAAGUGUUAGACUGUUUCGUCCUUCAGAAAUCUUCAAGGUUUACAGUAUUCCAAGUGUACCUCUUAAUACUCAGGUUGUGUGUUUUAACUGUCCUACUUAACUGUGAUGCUUCCUAUUUCAGUUUCUGUUUUCCCAUAAGUGUUCCCAUUGUUUAUGAAUGAUACUAACUGAAAAGUAAUCCAGAGCAUGUUCCAGUUCUAUAUUUAGCUUGAUUUGAUCACAUUUUGACCCAUUUUUGCAAAAAAAAAAAAAAAAAAUUGAAGACCAGAAACACAGGUUUGCUCAAACCUUAAUGUGAGACUGAAUGUUAGGUUUACAGAUCAUGCAGAGACAGUAGUCUAGUAUUUUUAGGGCACAAAACUGUUCUGGGGGAAAUUUUAGGAACAUUCAUUGCAAAAAAGAAGGCACACAGAUUUUGGUUUAUAAAAAGAUGAGAAACUAAACAGAUUUAUGUAUGUACAAAAAUUCCUGAGGUUUUUUCACAGGAUUGUAUCCGAUUGAGCUGCAUAACUCAGAAUUUAGAUCAAAACAACAACAAAUGUGAGAAACAAAAUACAAAAAACUGUUCAUUUUUACUCUGAAUUACAGUAAAUCAGCAAUCUGUGAAUGUCACACAGACUGCAGAAAAGUAUUUGGAGUGUCACUGGACUCCUACAUGGAUAAAAUGUCAUGUUCCCAUGUCAAAUUUCCAUGAUUGGCUUUAUGAAUGGCAUUGGCUCAAAGUUGGUUUGCAUUUUUCUUACCUUCUAUAGGUAAGAAAUAGGUUUAGUUUUCUAUUUUACUAAACAUUUUGGAAACACUUCUGCAAAAAUGUUUCUCAUUUGUUGCCAUUGAAGCCCAACAAUGUUGGAAAAACAGCUUUUUAAGCAAUAUCGUGCAAAACUCAUACACAUAAAACUACUGUGUGGUUCACAAAAAAAAUGUUAGCAUUUUUUCUGUAGAAUCUCCAAUAAGCUUCGACCUUUUACAGGUCUUGAAAACUUGAGAGUUGAGAUACAACUUUCAAGCUACGUUCACACGGGUCAUGUGACGCACAGUCAAGCCCAUGGUGUUCACACUGGACUGUCAAUGCUAAUGGUUGCUACCUGAUGCUAGCACAUUACCGCCACCUACAGUUGGAAAAUGCUUAGAGCAAAAUGUCAAAACGGUACAAAUCUCGUAAAUCUUGCUUCAGGUUUUUUCUUUUACAGUUCUAUUCUGAUAUAUGAAAGGGUUUGUACUGUAUAAUUCCACAAUUGUUAAUUGUUCCUCCAAUUUUCAAACAGUUGGCUCUUCUGUGAAUUGAAAAAGACGCCAUCCAAAUCCAAGUCCCUGACUGCACAGAGUUCAAUUUGGUUUAACUUUUAAUUGACCCACAUUUUGUACGUAGAGCUCAAAAGUUUUAUUAAAGGCAUUUUCUUCAGCCUUUCAGCGUGAACUGUAUCCAUAGAUAUGAUCAUAUAUUACCUUUGGAACACUAAAAACACAUUUUUUAUUAAACAGGAGUUGAACUAUUUUCCUACACAGCAGUAAAUCAUAAUAGCUGAUUUUGCAUGGUAUGGGCCCUUUAAAAACGUCUGCAGUGACACAUGAACUCGGGAGUUUUGAACACAGAAGCCCAAAACGCGCAUUUACAUGCGUUUACGUAGACUGUUCAUUGGAAGUGGUUGCUUGAACGUGAGAUGUCAAGGGCGGUGUGAACGUAGUUUAGGGUGGGAUUUGUGACCUACUGUAACUGAGCUGUGACUCGCUGCAGAUAAAAACAAGAAUCAAGCAUUAUUGAAAUUCCACAUAACGGUUUUGUUAGUUUUGAAGAUUUUGGGCAAAAUUUGCUGAGAGUUCAUGCAACAAAGACGAUGAUGAUCCAGUUCUUCACUCAGUAUAAAGCUACGGACACACCGGCCUUAUGAGGGUUUUAUGGAUCGCCAGCAAAGUCAAUGCUGUUCACACUGGGCAAGCAGGGAGGGGCUACUUCUUAUUUUUCUUUUUCCUCUAUUUACUAGUGCAUGUCCACCACCCACAGUUGGAAAAGUUUUUUAUUUUAUAUUUUUUACAGCUUUAUUCCAAUAUUUGAAAGACUUGGUCCGGGCACAAACUGCAAUAAUUUUCUUCUUCAUGAUCAAUUUUCCAACAGUUGACACUUCCAUGAAUGAAGAGGGACGGCAAGUCUCUGAUUGGUCAGCUGGUUUUGCUUUCAAUGCACGUUCAAUGACUGUGUUUUUUACGUAGUGCCCAAAAACGGUCAUGGAAACUUCCAUAGCGACGCUAGAGUUUUAAACAUGGAAACACGCAUUUGCGUAGACUUUUCAUUCCAAGUGGGAGCUUGAAAGCACAUUGGAGAGGCCGGUGUGAACGCAGCUUUAGAGAAUCAGUGUUGUGAACAUCACUUUCUAACUGUGAUACAUUACAGAUUUACCUUUAAUUGUUAACCCCAUCAUGCCUGAAUUUAUUUCCAAUGAUAUAAAACAUAUUCUCUUUCCGUUGAAAGUCCUGGAUUACCUGGUAUGUUGCAAAUAAACGACAAGAAGAGGUUAAAAGUAAUUCCCGCCUUGUAGUAUUACCGUGUCUGAAUUGUAACAUGUCACAUGAGUUCUGUAUUACUUUUGAGUUACUUUUUUUCUCUUUUUUGUUUUACACCUGCGGAGGUAGAUGAUAGAUGCAUCACAGAGCAAUAUGGUUUAGUAAAUAUUACUAACAAUAUUUUGUUAAAGUAGAAGAACAAGAAGAGCAACGGGAGGAGCAAUUUUUUAGUCGAAAAAAAUGAGUGAUAAACUUUGAAAAAAGUAGAAAAAAACACAGACCAAAUGACGACUAUGAGGCCUCAGAAAUAUUUAAACACCAAAACCAAUGAAAGCUGUUUUAAAUGACGAUAUUUGUUAGCCUACAACAGCAAAAGAGACUGACAAAUCCAGACUAGUCAUCAGUGGUAUUUUUCAUCAUCUGUUGAUGCAUCGUGGUAUCGCUGCUUUGAACUAUUACAUUUGUUGCUGGUAGUCUGUUGUACAACACGAGUUAUUGAACACAUAAUGACUAAAAUAUCAAAAUUAGGAAUGCCUUACGCUGUUAUAGUAAUAUCUUACUGUAACACAUUUUUGUAACCAAUUACUAUUCUCAUUGCAGAAGACAUUUAGUUUAAAUUAGUUUGGAAAAUCCUGGACUCAAAGGCUGAAAAGUUGUUGAAGUGUUCUUUAUAAAAGUUACUAUGAAUAAACUUUGUUUCCUUUUGUGGUUUUGUACCAUUCCAGUGUUCUGCUUCUAGAUUUCAUUUACAUUUCCUCUGGAAAAGCUCAAAGAAACACAAACCUGUGAACCAACAGAAAGAAUGGAAGUUCUGUUUUGCUCAAAGCACAAUGGUAUGAUUUGAUUCUCCAACAAUGAUCAUCAAUGGUAGCUGUCUUGUUUGUUUAAUGACUAAAUCAGUAUUUAUUUUGCAAAUGAUUUUUGAGCAGUUUUGAUGGAGAUCUCAUUUGCAGACAAGUUCAUGGCUAAGUUAUUUAUGGAUGUUCUGAUCUGUGUUUUUAAUAAAGAUAAAUUAUAAAUCCA